AUGUCCCUGUGGGAUAUCUUUAAAGCAAGGUUCACCGCGUGCAUCGAUGACAACUUGGACAUGGUGGAGUUCCUGGUGCAGAGAGGGGCGGACGUCAACAGGGGUGACAACGAGGGCUGGACCCCCCUCCACGCCACUGCCUCCUGUAUCAACUGCGAGGAGGCGCGUAAGCAGGAGGAGCGAAUGAUGCUGAGUGACGCGAAGGAGUGGCUGAGCAACGGAGAGCUGAACGAUAAGCCGCAUCCCAAGACGGGCGCCACUGCCCUCCAUGUCGCCGCAGCCAAGGGAUACAUCAAAGUCAUGGAACUAUUGCUGGAAGGUGGCGCCGACGUGAACGCACAGGACUUGGAUGGGUGGACGCCUCUGCACGCAGCUGCGCACUGGAACCAGAAAGAUGCCGCCCAACUGCUCACCAAACACAACUGCCAAAUGGAUAUGAAGAACUAUGUGGGUCAGACGCCGUUCGACGUAGCCGAGUACGUGAUGACGGUUGCGCUGAAGGAGAUGCAGCAGAAACAGGCGGAGACGGGUGCGAGAGAGCAGCGCACCAUCUGCGCCCGAGAGAGCAAGCGAGACAGCGACACCAAUGUGUCACCCACCUCGCCUCCCACGACGUCACCCACGCACGACCUUGUGCCCAAGGUCAAGGUCGAAAUCAAGCCCACACCGGACGAGGACACUGUCGCUGCAUCUGGAGGGGUGGGGGGAGAGAAUAAUGAUGAUGAUGAUGAUGUGAGUGUGAGUAGUGAUGACAGUGAUGAUGAUGAUGAUGAAUCAGAGGAUGAUGAGGAGAGCUCGAGCGCUUACGGCGAGGGGACGAGCUCUCUUUGUAUAGACGUACAGGAAGAGAGUCAGGUCAGGGAGUUGGGUAAGUUGGAAGGUCUCUCGAGAAAUUACACUCGAAAAAGAUGAAUUACAAUUACAAGA